UCCCUGGGGGCGGGGAAACGGGAAGGGAAAGAAAGCUGGUAGAGUGGCCAAGCAGAAUCCAGAAACCCGCCAUCUCCGGGGAGCGAAACCUCCUCCCUUUCUACCCUUGGAGCUACCGCGAGAAUGGGCAGGGUGAGGCGUCCAUGGAGCGGCUCCUGGCCCAGCUGUGCGGCACCAGCGCAGCGUGGCCUCUCCCGCUGUGGGAGGGAGGCACCACAGGCCAUUGCUUCACCCAGCUGGUGCUCAGCGCCCUGCCCCACGCGGUCCUCGCCGUGCUCAGUGCUUGCCACUUGGGCACCCCGAGGAGUCCAGAUAGCAUCCUACUUUGCCGUCCUGGCUGGCGCCUCCGACUUGCAGCUUCCUUCCUGCUGUCCAUCUUCCCGCUGCUAGACCUCCUUCCAGUUGCUGUACCACCAGGGGCAGGCCCAGGUCCUGUAGGGCUAGAGGUGCUGGCAGGGUGUGUGGCAGCUGUGGCCUGGAUCACCCACGGCCUGGCCCUGUGGACGUUGGCCCAUUCCCCUCAUGGCCACUCCCGGGGGCCCUUGGCCUUGGCUCUGGCAGCCAUCCUGCCAGCUCCAGCCCUAGUGCUAACGCUGUUAUGGCAUUGCCAGCAAGGCACACUUCUGCCCCCACUUCUCCCAGGGCCCCUAGUCCGCCUAUGCCUUCUCAUCCUGCAGCUGGCUGCACUGUUGGCUUAUAUACUAGGAUGGGCAGCCCCUGGGGGGCCACGAGGACGCUGGGCUCCAGAGCCCCUCCUGCCUGAGGGUCAAGAACCCGAGGUGGCUGAGGAUGGGGAGAGUUGGCUGUCACGCUUUUCCUAUGCCUGGCUGGCACCCUUGCUGGCCCGUGGGGCCCGUGGAGAGCUUCGGCAGCCCCAGGACACUUGCCACCUCCCCCACAGGCUGCAUCCAACCUACCUAGCCCGUGCCUUCCAGGCACAUUGGCAGGAGGGGGCCCAGCUGUGGAGGGCCUUGUAUGGGGCCUUUGGACGGUGCUAUCUGGCACUUGGACUGCUGAAGCUGAUGGGGACCAUGCUGGGAUUCUCAGGGCCUCUGCUGCUCUCCCUACUGGUGAGCUUCCUGGAGGAGGGACAGGAGCCACUAAGCCAUGGCCUGCUCUAUGCCCUUGGGCUAGCUGGCGGGGCUGUGCUGGGCGCUGUGCUGCAGAAUCAGUAUGGGUAUGAGGUGCGUAAAGUGACACUUCAGGCACGAGGAGCCGUGCUAAACAUCCUGUACCUCAAGGCUUUACAGCUGGGGCCCAGCCGCCCUCCUGCAGGGGAGGUCCUGAACCUACUAGGCACCGACUCUGAGCGGCUGCUUAACUUUGCUGGGAGCUUCCAUGAGGCCUGGGGCCUGCCCCUGCAGCUGGCCAUCACCCUCUACCUGCUGUACCAGCAGGUGGGUGUGGCCUUUGUGGGGGGGCUGAUCUUGGCACUGCUGCUGGUUCCUGUCAACAAAGUGAUCGCUACCCGCAUCAUGGCCAGCAACCAGGAGAUGCUACAGCACAAGGAUGCACGGGUUAAGCUCAUGGCGGAGCUGCUGAGUGGCAUUCGGGUCAUCAAGUUCUGCGGGUGGGAGCAAGCACUGGGGGCCCGGGUAGAGGCCUACCGGGCUCGAGAGCUGGGGCGACUCUGUGUCAUCAAAUACCUGGAUGCAGCCUGUGUAUACCUGUGGGCUGCCCUGCCGGUUGUCAUCUCCAUCAUCAUCUUCAUCACUUAUGUCCUCAUGGGGCACCAGCUCACGGCCACCAAGGUGUUCACGGCCCUGGCACUGGUACGCAUGCUCAUUCUCCCCCUCAACAACUUCCCUUGGGUGAUCAAUGGCCUCCUGGAAGCCAAAGUGUCCUUGGACCGGAUCCAGCGUUUCCUUGAUCUUCCAAACCACAACCCCCAGGCCUACUACAGCACAGAUCCCCCCACAGAGCCAUCUACAGUAUUGGAGCUGCAUGGAGCCCUGUUCUCCUGGGACCCAGUUGGAACCAGCCAAGAAACGUUCAUCAGUCACCUCGAAGUGAAAAAGGGUAUGCUGGUGGGCAUCGUGGGGAAGGUGGGCUGUGGGAAGAGCUCACUGCUGGCCGCCAUCGCUGGGGAGCUCCACAGGCUGCGUGGGCAGGUGGCAGUGUGGGGGCUGUCCAAGGGCUUUGGCCUGGCCACCCAAGAACCCUGGAUCCAAUUUGCCACCAUCCGAGACAACAUCCUCUUUGGGAAGACAUUUGACGCCCAGCUGUACAGGGAGGUGCUAGAGGCCUGCGCCCUCAUCGACGACCUCAGCAUCCUGCCGGCUGGAGACCAGACAGAGGUGGGGGAAAAGGGUGUGACCCUCAGUGGGGGACAGCGGGCUCGGAUCGCUCUUGCUCGUGCUGUCUACCAGGAGAAGGAACUCUAUCUCCUCGAUGACCCUCUGGCUGCUGUGGAUGCGGAUGUGGCCACCCACCUGCUGCACAGGUGCAUCCUGGGAGUGCUGAGCCACACCACUCGGCUGCUGUGCACCCACCGCACCGAGUACCUGGAGAGGGCUGAUGUGGUGCUGCUGAUGGAGGCCGGGCGCCUCAUCCAGGCCGGGCCUCCCUCUGAGAUUCUGCCACUGGUACAAGCAGUCCCCAAAGCCUGGGCUGAUGAUGAACAAGAGUCUGACUCAGCCAUAACCCAGUCAGUACAGAAUCCAGAGAAAACAAAGGAGGGGUUCGAGGUGGAGCAGAGCACAUCUGGUCGCCUGCUGCAGGAAGAAAGCAAGAAGGAGGGUGCCGUGAAAUUGCACGUGUACCGAGCAUACUGGAGGGCCGUGGGCCAGAGCCUGGCCCUAGCCAUCCUCUUCUCUCUGCUCCUCAUGCAAGCCACGCGGAACGCUGCCGACUGGUGGCUCUCCCACUGGAUCUCUGAGCUGAAGGCAGCCAAGAAUAGCUCCCAGGAGGCCCCAGCCUCCACCAGCCCAGCUUCCACAGGGUUCUUCUCUCCACAGCUGCUCCUCUUCUCCCCUGGAAGCCUCUACGCCCCAGUGUUCCCACUGUCCAAAGCUGCCCCCAAUGGCUCCUCAGACAUCCAUUUCUACCUCACCGUAUAUGCAACCAUUGCUGGUGUCAACUCCCUCUGCACCCUACUCCGGGCAGUGCUCUUUGCAGCAGGUAUCCUCCAAGCAGCCGCCAACCUGCAUCGCCGCCUGCUGCAUCGAGUUCUUACGACACCAGUGACUUUCUUCGAUGCCACACCCACGGGCCGGGUCCUAAACCGCUUCUCCUCUGACGUGGCCUGUGUGGAUGACAGCCUGCCCUUCAUCCUCAACAUCCUCCUGGCCAACAUGGCAGGCCUGCUGGGCCUCCUGGCUGUGCUGGGCUCUGGCCUGCCCUGGCUGCUGCUGUUGCUGCCGCCUUUGAGCAUCAUCUACUAUCGCGUGCAGCGCCACUACAGGGCCUCCUCUCGGGAGCUGCGGCGCCUGAGCAGCCUCACCCUGUCUCCACUCUACACCCACUUGGCUGACACCCUGGCCGGCCUCCCUGUGCUCCGGGCCACUGGGGCCACCUACAGGUUUGAGGAAGAAAACCAGCGACUCCUGGGGCUAAACCAGAGGUGCCAGUUUGCUGCCAGUGCUGCAAUACAGUGGCUGGACAUUCGGCUACAGCUCAUUGGGGCGGCAGUGGUCAGUGCCAUUGCGGGCAUCGCCCUGGUGCAGCACCAGCAGGGCCUCGCCAACCCAGGACUGGUGGGCCUGUCGCUGUCUUACGCCCUGUCCCUGACAGGCCUGCUCUCAGGCCUGGUGAGCAGCUUCACGCAGACGGAAGCCAUGCUGGUGAGCGUUGAGCGGCUGGAGGAGUACUCCUGCGACCUGCCCCAGGAGCCCCGGGGCCAGCCGCUGCAGCUGGGCACUGGCUGGCUGACGCAGGGGAGCGUGGAGUUCCAGGACGUGGUGUUGGUAUACCGGCCAGGCCUGCCCAAUGCCCUGGACGGGGUGACCUUCCGCGUGCAGCCUGGAGAGAAGUUGGGUAUCGUGGGCCGCACGGGUUCUGGCAAGUCUUCCCUGCUGUUGGUGCUCUUCCGGCUGCUGGAGCCCAGUUCGGGGCGAGUGCUGCUGGAUGGCGUGGACACCAGCCAGCUGGAGCUGGCGGAGCUCAGAUCCCAGCUGGCUAUCAUCCCCCAGGAGCCCUUCCUGUUCAGUGGGACUGUUCGGGAAAACCUGGACCCCCAGGGCCUACAUGAGGACAGGGCCUUGUGGCAGGCCCUGGAGCAGUGCCACCUGAGUGAGGUGAUUGUAUCCAUGGGUGGUCUGGAUGCUGAGCUAGGCGAGGGGGGCCGGAGCUUGUCCCUGGGGCAGAGGCAGCUGCUGUGUCUGGCCAGGGCUCUCCUCACAGAUGCCAAGAUCCUGUGUAUUGAUGAGGCCACGGCAAGUGUGGACCAGAAGACAGACCAGCUGCUCCAGCAGACCAUCUGCAAACGCUUUGCCAACAAGACAGUGCUGACCAUUGCCCACAGGCUCAACACGAUCCUGAACUCAGACCGUGUGCUGGUGCUGCAAAUGGGGAGGGUGGUGGAGCUGGGCUCCCCUGCCGCGCUGUGCAACCAGCCCCACUCACUGUUCCAGCAGCUGCUGCAGAGCAGCCAGCAGGGAGCCCGCUCCUCGCCCUGAGGGCCUGAACCUGAUCCCCCCCACCCUUGAGGGUCCCCUCCACCGCUGGCUGGGCAGAGGUGCUGGCUGCUCAUGUACAUUCUCUGUGGUUCUCCCUCACUUUCCUGGGUUACUCUUGGGAAACAUCCUUGGUGGGCAGAGUCCCAAGGCUUCCGCAGAACAGGCCUCUGCUCGGGCCUUCUUGCAACUGGGACUCCAGGUGGGUUUUUCUGACAUAGGAGCCCACUUGCAUUUUUAUAGUUUUAUUUGAUAAAAUUCCCAUCUUACAUUCUGUAUAUUAAAAAAAUAGUAUUUCUGG